CUUUUUUUCUCCUCCCCAGCUGAGAAGAGACAGAGGGAUCGGAGGAGUGUAGGCUGCACAACCCUGUCCAUUGCAAGCAUCAGGAUUAAAACAAUAAUAAAUACAUUUACACAGGAACCUCUCUCCUCCUCCCUUAUCCCUCUUUGUAAAAGUGCUGUUCUUCAAAGUUUUUUCCCCCUUCUUCCUUGCAGCUUGAUGGAAAUGUAGGGAACUCUGUAGAGCUCUGUCUAAUCACAGGCAUAGGAAAAGGAAAUUGUUGUAAGUGCAUCCUCAUCUGCGCUCACACACACACACAAAAGUUUCCUCUGGGCUGGAAACAGUAUUUUCAUCUCUCAUUGAACAUAUUCAGCGUGGGGAGAGAAGAAGCUGAUUAAAGUGCAGAGGCUUUUGGAUUAACUCUUUCUACCUGUACUCCAAGUCUGAACUUUCUACAAGACCAGUGCCAUGCUUUUUGUACGGUGGUGACUUUAUUUAAUUUUUGGCAUUUUUUUGCUUGUCAUUUAACUUUCCAUUCCUGGGAAUAAUACUGUCUGGCAAGAUAUUUUACUACGGUGGUAUUCCAUUCGCUGUGGAGGGGAAAGCUGGAAAUGAAGAGAGCUGUCUGUGUGUUCUUCUGCAUAUGGCUUAUCACUAUUGAUACAACAGAUCUGGUGUGUGGAUAUUCUAUGACUCCACCUACAAUCAACAUCACAGAGAGUGAAUUUGUCAUCAACUCAAAUGAUACAUUAACCAUCAGCUGCAGGGGACAAAGGCCCCUGCAGUGGUCUUGGCCAGGGGGUUUUACAGACACAGAUACAAAGGACAAAGACUCCAAAGUGACUAUAAAUUUCAGUGAUACACGCAGUGUGGCUGAGGAAGACUGUGAGGGGAUUCCUAGCAAACCUUACUGCAAGGUGUUCAGGCUGACAGGAGCUAGGGCUAACGACACAGGCUCUUACUGGUGCCACUACAAAUUUAUCAACGUCAGGAUCAAAGGGACCACAGCUGCCAGCGUCCAUGUCUUUGUAAGAGACUGGGAGCAGCCAUUUAUAAACACUCUUGGGGCAUUGCUGGUAUAUAAGGAGAAAACUAGAGUGCCAUGCCUCGUGUCAAUUCCAGACCUCAAUGUUACUCUCCAUAUGCAAAACUCAGAUAUCAUCAUUCCAGAUGGAAAAAGUGUUACAUGGGACAACAAGGAAGGAAUUUUGGUCCCUACCGACUGGAUAAGAGACACUCUUUUUCUACACUGUGAGACUGUUGUUGAAGGAAAAGUCUUUAAAUCAAACUACUUCCUUGUCCAUCUAACAGGCAGUCAGUUUUAUGGUAUGCAUCUCUACCCUAAGAAUACAGAGUUGUUGGUAGGAGAUCAGCUAAUACUGAACUGCACCGUCACGGCUGAAUUCAAUACACCAGUCAACUUUAAUUGGGAUUAUCCUGGUAAAGAGGUUAAUCGAUUUGUGUUUGAAAACUCUGAUCGUCGGGCACAGCUAGAUCAUACAGAGAUGUACAGCACCCUUAUUGUGCCCGGCGUAAGCCUGAAGGACCUGGGAACAUAUGUUUGCCAUGCAAUAAGCGAGACCUGGCAUCACAAGGAGAGCAGUGAAGUCAUUGUUCAUGAAAAACCAUUCAUCAGCUUGGAGACAAAGAACAAUUCAGUCACUGAAGCCACUGCUGGAGACAAGACAGCAAAAUUGAUGGUUAAGGUUUCCGCUUACCCCCAGCCGUCAUUCCAAUGGUAUAAAGAUGGGAAACUGAUACCUGUCAGUGCCAUUUACAGCAAAUAUCGGCAGUCCCAGCAAACCCUGCAGAUUAGGGACGUGACAGAGCAAGAUGGCGGCAUUUACAGACUGGUUCUGAGUAAUGAGCAGGCUGGCCUUGAAGAACAAAUCAACCUGAGACUGGUGGUAAAUGUCCCCCCACAGAUCCAUGAAAAAGAGACCUCGUCACCAAGUAUAUAUGCCCAAGGUAGUCGCCAUACGCUUACUUGCACAGUUUUUGGCGUUCCAGCUCCAACAUCAGUUCAGUGGCUCUGGAGGCCUUGGACUCCAUGCAAGAUGUAUAGUCGCCGCAGUGUAACCAGACAAAGGUCUUCCCGUAGGCAUCAGCGCGACAGAAUGCCCGAGUGCAAGGACUGGAAGGAGGUGACCCAAGAAGGAGCUGUGAAUAGCAUUGAAACCAUUGAGACUUGGAGCGAGUUUGUGGAAGGACGGAACAAGACAGUUAGCAAGCUAGUGAUCCAACAAGCCAACCUCUCCAUCAUGUACAAAUGUUCUGCUUUCAACAAAGCUGGGCGAGAUGAGCGUCUGAUUUACUUUUAUGUUACAACAAUACCCGAUGGCUUCCGCAUUGAACCACAGCCUUCAGAAGAGCCAAUUGAAGGACAGAAUGUCAGCCUAAGUUGCCAUGCAGAUAACUACACCUAUGAAAACCUUCAGUGGUAUCGCCUGAACCUCCUAACCCUGCAUGAUGCUGAGGGUAACCCACUUGUACUAGACUGCAAAAAUGUGCACCAAUAUGCAGCUCGCAUGGAAGGGCAACUGCAACACCAGUCUGGCUCAAAUAGUGCUGCCCUUGUUCUCAACAUACCAAAUAUUUCCCUAGAAGAGGAGGGUGAUUAUGUUUGUGAAGUACAGAAUCGCAAGACCCGGGAGAAACACUGCCACAAGAAAUAUAUAUCUGUACUGGCACAGGAAGCUCCAUAUCUCCUUCAGGAUCUAAGUGAUAAGAUGGUGAAUGUUAGUGAUUCCAUGUUGAUGCGAUGUCAGGCCGAUGGAACCCCUAGUCCGAGUAUUAUGUGGUACAAGGAUAAUAAGUUAGUUGAAGAGGUCUCAGGAAUUGUCCUUGGAGAGAUGAAUCAGACAUUAAGCAUUCAGAGAGUUAGAGAAGAGGAUGCUGGGAUGUAUCUUUGCAAAGCUUGCAAUGGAAAGGGCUGUGUAAACUCUUCUGCCAGCGUAUCUGUGGAAGGUAUAGAUGACAAGACAAAUGUUGAGAUUGUCAUUCUCAUAGGCACUGGGGUCAUUGCAGUAUUCUUUUGGAUUCUGCUUAUUCUGAUUUUCUGUAACAUCAGGAGGCCCAAUCACAGUGACAUAAAGACUGGCUAUCUCUCCAUUAUCAUGGACCCUGGUGAAGUUCCCCUAGAAGAACAAUGUGAAUAUCUUCCUUAUGACUCCACUAAGUGGGAGUUUCCUCGGGACAGACUAAGACUUGGAAAAGUCCUGGGCCAUGGAGCGUUUGGUAAAGUGGUGGAGGCCUCUGCUUUUGGGAUGAGUAAAAGCAGCAGCUGUGAAACCGUAGCAGUGAAAAUGCUGAAAGAGGGAGCCACUGCCAGUGAGCACAAAGCGCUAAUGUCUGAACUGAAGAUUCUCAUUCACAUUGGAAACCAUCUUAAUGUAGUAAACUUACUGGGUGCAUGCACCAAAUCCAAUGGACCCUUGAUGGUAAUAGUAGAAUUUUGUAAAUAUGGGAAUCUCUCAAAUUAUUUACGAACCAAACGAGACGGAUUUAUUCCCUACCGCGAGAGAUCGCCUCGGGCUCGCAGUGAGGUCCAAUCAAUGGUUGAAGCAGUGAUAGCAGACAGGAGGAGCAGAGAAGGAAUCAAUGAAGGAGCCCUUUUUAGCAGACUGCGGAUGACUAAGAACCAAAGGACGCCAGAGUUGAAAGAUUUAUGGCAGAGUCCUUUAACUAUGGAAGAUCUGAUCUGUUAUAGCUUUCAGGUGGCCCGUGGGAUGGAGUUCCUUGCUUCACGGAAGUGUAUUCACAGAGAUCUGGCGGCUCGGAAUAUCCUGCUCUCAGAGAACAAUGUGGUGAAAAUCUGUGACUUUGGUCUGGCUAGAGAUAUUUACAAAGACCCUGACUAUGUCCGCAAAGGAAGUGCACGCCUGCCGCUGAAGUGGAUGGCACCAGAGAGCAUUUUUGAUAAGGUGUACACAACUCAGAGUGAUGUUUGGUCCUUUGGGGUACUGCUGUGGGAAAUCUUCUCACUGGGGGCUUCUCCUUACCCUGGAGUCCAAAUUAAUGAAGAGUUUUGCCAGCGGCUAAAGGAGGGCACACGUAUGCGGGCACCAGAAUAUGCUACAGCUGAAAUUUACCGAAUCAUGCUGAGUUGCUGGCAUGGGGAUCCCAAGGAACGCCCAACAUUUACUGACCUGGUAGAGAUCCUUGGUGACCUUCUUCAGGAAAACGUACAACAGGAAGGAAAAGACUAUAUCCCUCUGAAUGACUCACAAAGCUCUGAAGAUAUGGAAACCUUCCAAGCCCCCAUAUACCCUCAGCAUAUCUCCGAUGAGGAAGAGUGUGACAUGAGGCUGCACUGCCACAAUCUAGCUGUAAGAUACUAUAACUGUGUAUCAUUUCCCGGUUGUUUCACUGGGGGUAACCAAAUCCGCUGCCCUUCACAGCUCAAAACGUUUGAGGAGUAUCCCAUGGCCAGCAUGACUUAUAAAGGUCACCAAGACAGUCAAACAGACAGUGGGAUGGUGCUGGCAUCAGAAGAGCUGGAAAGGAUAGAGAAAGAACACAGAACGGAAGGAGGACACAGCAGUAAAGGGUCUCGGAGAAACAAGGACAUGACACCAGAACACUCAUCCCCGUUCCACAGGAGUCAGGCUUCAUACCCACCCCACACUGGGGGCCAGACAUUUUACAACAGUGAAUAUGGGGAGCUCUCAGAACUGUCAGAGGGGGACAGCUAUACUCCCCCUGGGGGUUGUGCCAGCCCAGGGCUCAUCCACGCAUCGUUCUUUUCAGAUGAAAACUAAGGACCUUUCAGGCAAGGAGAGGUCCUGAAUAUAUUUGUGGGACUUUCUGCUCUCUAAAUAUACACUGCAUACAACAAACUGAAGGGGAAACAAAAUGGCUUCCACCCCACAAAAAGGCUGAGACAGAGACACUGGACUACUCUCCUGUUACAGCCACUGGACACACACAGAAGUGAUAACAGGACAAAAUGGACUUUUAUGCCUAAAUGAGAUUCUUUGGAGGGAAAAAAAAGAUGUUUAUUUCCCAUCAACAUUGCCCAUUGGCUGCUAAAAAGGAUGCAGCAUCUGCAUAACAUUUAGAUACAAAACCAGUUGUUCCUAUAAGUGACCAAUCAAAUACACUACAGAAAUUAUCUGUUUUGUUUUAAACCAUGCAGUGAAGUUAGGAAGUUUAGGAAGGCUCUAGAUCUGAUACAUGGGAAAUAGAGGGUACAGUAGUUACAAAUCUCACUGCAAGGGUGCUAGUAACUAUAGUCCAUAAAGUUCAAAAGCAUAGCUCUCAGCAGGACUUAGUAAUGAAACAAAACCUUUUUUAUUCAUUAGUAGCCCAAUAUUUCAGUCCCCACUUGUCACCUUUCAUAAGGAAAAAUAAAAUGAACUUUUGCUUUGUUUUCACUUGAGAAAAGUGAGGUGACAAGUGGUGUCUGGAAGCCAGAAGGCUAAAUAAAGUGGAGGUACUCUUAACCCUGGGACAUGACAUAAAAAAGGAAGGAAGACAUGUUUUUAAGUAUACUGCUAAUUAUGGUUAUAAAUGGAAAAGACCAGAUAAGAAUAAAAAUGUAACGCUGCCACAUUUUGAGGCUGGUACUGACAAGCAAAGCCAAUUUGGGGCAUUUUCAUGCUGCAUUUUUAGCAAGUAAAAACACAGUGGGCAAAAUAACUCCCAGAAUGCCCUAUGUCAGGGGUGGGCAAACUUUUUGGCUCACGGGCCACAUUUACUUACCCCCGGGCCAGACCGGGCCAGGGCGGGCAGGGCCAGGCCAGCGUUACGCCCCCUUAGUCUGUUUAAUUCUGGCCCUCCAUUGACACCAAGUCUCACGUGAUGAGACUUGGCGUCGGCGGCGGGCCGGAUUAAAAAGGCCAAGGGGCCGGAUGUGGCCUGCGGGCAGUAGUUUGCCCACCCCUGCCCUAUGUGCUAAUGCCCUUUAAAACAUACUUUCAGAUUUUUGUGUCACCAGGGCCACUGGGCACUGCCUCAUGGAGGCAUAAAAUCUUCUGGAAGAGAUGAGCAAGAUCAUCGGAAUGAGACCUUUCUUGUGGAAGGUAGAAUUUAAAAGUCUAUUGAAGGUAUAUUGAAGGAAGAUUUUACAUUUACCCCUUAACAUGUCCAUUUGAAAAAAACAAAUGGAAAAUAAUAAAGUAAGGUUUAACCAUAUGCAUGUUAGCCAUCUUGGAACGUGCUGCACCACAUAGGAUUGACAGUCUAAUGGAACCUAAAGGGUUAAAUGCCCCUUUGAGAACAACAUUCUUUAAUGUAAAGGCUCACAGCUGCAGUAUGCUUUCCUUCCAGCAGAGGGAGUACAGUGCUUCCAGCAUUCCUCUUCUAUUGCCCAGAAAGCGAUGUAAAAGUGCUACACUCUCACCGACAUUCCAUAUAUUAAAUAAUCAGUUCAACAACCCCCUUUUUUUAAAAAAUAUGUGGAUGGGAUCUUAAAAAUGAACACAAAAAAGAGGAAGUGACAUGCACCGUACAGUUGCAAUGCUGAUGUUUGUUUUGUUACAUAUAAUAGAUACCUUUAUAUAUAAAUAUAUAUAUGAGUAUACAACA